AUAGCGGAACGAUGCGCAGUAACAGCUAUAACACUGUAUCCGCUCUAUUCUGGGUUAAACUGCGACUUCCUGCCAUUUGGAACGCACAGCCUACUUGGCGCUGAGCCGCAGACCCGGACACACUUCCGGCACUCUCCAAGCCCGCCCACUCCGAACAGCCCCUCAGGAAAGAUUUGUCCCUCUUUGCGAUUCGUACUGCAAGGAGGCCAAGAAGUCAGUAUAAUUAACCCGUUCUUGUAUUAACGUGAAAUGCUUCAAACUGUUUGUUUCCCAUGAUGCCCGGCGGCGCGACUGUCACGGUGCGUUUGGUUCGUUCCUUUGAGCAUCGGAACUUCCGGCCGGUGGUUUAUCAUGGAGUGAAUCUGGAUCAGACGGUGCGGGAGUUCAUUGUGCAGAUUAAUGAGGAUACCCUGAAGAUUAUCCACCAGCCCCAUGGGGCCAAGACUAAUGAACUGGUGGUGGGACUGGAGGACGACGAGAGGCUGAUCCUGGCGCCAGGGGGCACCCUGAGAGAGGCGGGUGUGGCCCACGAGACGGAGCUGGCCUUCUUCUGCCACAAGGACUAUCAGACCUACAAGGCAAAUCCAGUCUCCAAGUGGUGACAUCUGCCCGGAUCCCCCAGCGCCACCUUCUGCCCGGGGCAGUUCUCUCAUAUGGGUCUGAGCUACAGAGGAGGGGGAGGGGCUACAGGUUAUAUUUGCCCCCCCCCCCCCCCCGGCCCCUCACUCACCGGAGUGCACGCUCAGGGCAAGGAGUGGGCCUCAAGUGCUAUUGGCCCAGAAUAUCUCAAUGGGGGUCCCAAUAAAGCAGCUUCCUCCUG